AUGAAAUACCUAAAACCUUACUCCUGCAUUCUUGCACUUCCAGAAUUUCCGUCCGCGAUUCUUGGACGUCUUGGCUACCCACAUCUUCAUGGGAUGACUGCAUCCACAUGUGGGGAUCUUGAAAUUCACGUUGGAGGUGUAGGAAUUGCAGCUACCGAUACUUUUACUGGUCCUCUAAUCUCUAGUGGCGUUUUGGUGGAGAAGGUGGAGGAGGUUAGGGAAGAAGUUUUCAAUCAUUUUUCUAACAAAUUUAAGGAGGAGGAUUUGGAUAGGUUGGCGUUAGACGGGGUGGACUUCAAGAGUAUUUCCUCCGUUGAAAGGGAUUCUCUUGAAAGCCAUUUCCAAGAAAAGGAGGUUAAGGAAGCUAUUUGGAGUUGUGGUAGUUCUAAGAGCCCGGGCCCGGACGUGGGAUGUAUGUAUAAAGUUAUCUCGAAGAUUUUAGCGGGAAGGUUGAAGUGUGUCCUUCACUCGAUUAUAUCUACUUGUCAAAGUGCUUUUGUCCCGGAUCGAUACCUUCUUGAUGGGGUGUUGGUGGCAAAUGAGUUGGUGGACUAUGCGAAGAAAGAAGGUCAUAGUUGUUUAUUCUUCAAAGUGGAUUUCGAAAAGGCCUAUGAUAAUGUUUCUUGGAAUUUUCUAAGAUACAUGCUUAAUAGGAUGGGGUUUGGUCCUAAGUGGAAAACAUGGAUGGAAUUGUUGAUUUUUAAUAGUAGUAUGUCGGUUUUAGUUAAUGGGAGUCCGACAAAGGAGUUUGAGGUGGAGAAAGGCCUUCGACAAGGAGAUCCUCUAUCGCCUUUUCUCUUUGUUAUCGUGGCCGAAGGUUUGGCGGGUCUCGUGAGGAAAUCUAGUGAUAUUGGAGCUUUUAAUGGGAUGGGUAUUAAUGGUAGUAGGCCGGUGGAUAUUCUUCAAUUCGCGGAUGAUACUUUGUUGGUGGGGGAGGGUUCGUGGAGGCAAGUUUGGGCUAUCAAAGUGGUGUUAAAAGCUUUUGAGUUGGCUUCGGGUUUGGGGAUCAAUUAUCAUAAGAGUAAAUUGAUUGGUAUUAAUUUGACUAAUAACUUUCUUGAGGCCGCCUCUUAUGUUCUUUCGUGUAGAGUGGAAGAAAGCAAAUUUGUGUUUCUCGGGAUUGUCAUUGGGUGUAAUCCUAGGAGUUUCUCUUCUUGGACACAUCUCUUGGCGAAGAUGAAGAAACGUCUUUCGGGUUGGAAAAAUCGAUUCCUAUCGUUGGGAGGAAGGAUCACACUUUUGAAAUCCAUUCUUGGCUCUCUUUACAUUUUCACCAUGUCUUUUUAUAAAAUUCCGGUUUGUGUGGCAAAGGAGUUUACUAGAAUGCAAAGUAAUUUCCUUUGGGGAGGAGUGAUGGAUGACAACAAAAGGAGGAUUCAUUGGAUUAGUUGGAAGGACGUUUGUUUACCUCUUGACAAGGGUGGUCUCGGCAUUAAAAAUAUUUUGACAUUCAAUGCGGCUCUUCUUAAGAAGUGGAGGUGGAGGAUCCUAGAAGGCCGAAAUUCGGUGUGGUAUAAUAUUUUGAAAGCUCGUUAUGGCGACAUCUCUAUGAAGAGUUUUGGUGGAGGUAUGUUUCCUAGUUCUUUACCAUCUCCUUCGUCUUCUUCUUUUUCCAUUUGGUGGAAGGAUCUUAUGUCGGUAGGGAAGGAAGAAUAUAACGACCCUAUUGCGUCCUUGUGUCGUUUCAAGAUUGGUAAUGGUUUUUCAACCCCGUUUUGGGAGGCGAGAUGGUGCGGUGAGUUUUCUUUGAAAGACAAAUUUCCGGUGUUAUAUUCGGCCUCUAGUUUGAAGAUGGUUUCGGUGGCGGGUAUGGGUGGUUGGAUUAAUGGUUGUUGGAAGUGGGGGGGUUGUGGAAUUAAUUCCUUUCUUCUUUCCGAACCUUCUUUUAGUUUGGUUUUCGAUUCUUUUCGUAAUUACAUGGAGGAGUUUGUGGUAGAUAUUGAGAGGAAGGAUGAAAUUGGUUGGGAUUUAACCGCGGAUGGUUCUUUUUCGGUGGCAUCUUGUUAUAAUUUUUAUGCGGAAAAUUUUAUUCCUUUCGGUCCGCCUAAUAGAUAUGAUAAUGUUUUAGCUUUGGUUUGGAAGAUGGAGGUACCUUUCAAAAUUAAGGCUUUUGGUUGGAGGCUUCUUAUUAAUAGGCUCCCAACCAAGGAUCAAUUAGUUCAUAGAAAAAUUGCUUUGUCUUUGGAUAAUUCUCUUUGUGGUUUUUGUGGAACUAAUCCGGAAAGUAGAGACCAUGUUUUUUUUGGGUGUAAAUCGGUGGAGUUAGUGUGGAGGGAGGUGGCGGUUUGGAUUGGAAAGGAGGUGGGAGAUUUAGAUGUUGAUUGUUUUUCUAGUUUCUCGGAUUGGUCCCUUUUUUGUAAAAAAAAGAAAGUGAAAGGAGGAAAAAUAGGGGUUGUUUGGUUAGCAACGGUGUGGUCCCUUUGGCUAACAAGGAAUGGUAUUUGUUUUAGAAACGAGAUUUGGAAUGUGAAUAAUACGGUAUGGAGUAUUAAAUCGUUGGUUUGGAAGUGGAGCUUUAUAGGGGAGAUUACGCAUUCUAUUUGUAGUUUUUACGAAUUUAUCAAGGAGCCCUUGCUAUAUCUUUCGUAA